AUGUCGACCGAAGCUACGGCCCGUGUUUUCUUUUCGCAAAAGUUCAUUGCGGUGGUGGGUGCCAGCUCGAACCCUGCCAAGUUCGGCAAUAAGAUCUUCGCCUGGUACCUGAACCACUCCAUCCCCGCCACCCCCAUAAACCCGACCGCAAGCACCGUCAACGCCCUCGGGAAAGACCAUCCGGCCCUCCCCAACCUCACGGCCCUGCCUCACCCCAAGGACACCGCCGUCUCCAUCAUCACCCCGCCGCCCGCGACCCUCAAGGUCCUGCAAGAGGCGAAAGAGCUGGGCGUGCCUGCCGUCUGGCUGCAGCCGGGCACCUUUGACGACGCGGUGCUCGAAUACGCGCGCGGCGAGGGCGGCUUCGAGGCCGUCGUUGCCGGGUUCGGGGGCGGGACCCGCGGCGGGGAAGGAUGGUGUGUUCUCGUUGACGGUGAGAGGGCGAUGAAGGCUGCGGGGAAGCUAUGA